AUGCUCAUGAGAAAUGUAGUUGCUGCUCGUCUCUUCAAGACGGGGUUUCGUCUAUCGCAAGAUUGCACGCCAUGUGUUGAGGUAGACGAUUUCGGUUUGUCUUGCUUCCUUGGUCAUGUCAAAGGUCAGGGAAUGGCGACAGCUCUGUAUGGCACAGGGCAUGUGCUCGAGUCUCUCAAUCACUUCAGAUUCGUUGCCAUGAAGGAGCCGUCGAAGCCUUUGAGCCGCUCUAAUCUUGCUGCCGCGCUCGGUAAAAUCGCAAUGGACGUGGAUGAAAGGUUUCUUGCACGCGCACAGCAGGCGUAUCUGACCCUCAUGGGGCAAAGUCAGAGGAAUGGAGAUGCGAUGUCCAAGGAGCAGGUGAUCUUGAAGGCGCUGCGAAGCAGGAGGGUCGAGACCUACUUGUAUGCUCUCAACCCUCUGCAUCGUCCCUCUGCUCCAGACAGAGACAAGCAGUGGACUUCGAGCAUCAUAGGUGAAUGCUUCAAGACUGUAGAGCUGUCGAGCCAGAGCAGCAGAGAGGCGUCGUCCUCCAUUGCAGCUGAUGGAAUUCAUGUCCUUGUUGACCUGAUGGGCUACACGCGAGGCAAUCAGAUAAGCUUGUUUUCAUUCCGACCGUCACCUCUGCUCUUGGCGUUCAAGGGCUACAUGUCAACGACAGGACUGGACUACUUCACUUUGGUCACCGAUAUCACUGCUUCUCCUCCCGAACUUCGAUCUGUGUACACAGAAAGAUUUGCCUACAUCCCUGGAAGCUUCUUCAUAUCGGGACAUAAAAUUAAUCACAAGAACGUGCUAGACAACUCUGGCAGCAAGGCUCCGAAGAGAGAAGAACAAGAACAACCAGGAGAAGAUCGGCUUCUAGGACAAGGACAAAUCCACGAAAUUAUUCAUCAAGACAGGCUCCUGCUCUGCAGCUUCAACUCUCUCUACAAGGUGCAGCCCGCAAAAGUGCACAUGUCAGGGGUAGAGCAAGCAACCAGCCGAUGCCAUCUGACUAGCAGCAGGUGGGCUGGAGUCCCCUUGGUAACUCUCCCUAACAUCACCAUGGCAUCGCGCGUGGCUGCGAGCAUCCUACGAGGGUCCUCAUACGAGGAGCUUGUGGCGAGGAACGUUGCCGACUACGUCGACAUCGCCCACAGGCUGGCGACAACUCCUCGGCUCCUUGCGAAUCUACGCGCUAGCAUCCAGAAGUCAAGGACCGUAUGGGCGCUGCAUGAUCACGAAACUUGGGCAUCACGGUUCUCAGCGCUCUGCUGGCUCAUGUGGGAUCUGUUCGAUGCUGCUCAAGAUGCAGUCAGCCCGCACGUUGUCCUCGCUUCUUCGCCUCACCCCUCUCCUCCAUCCUGCCCCUGA